AUCCAGUGGUUGCUCUUCCCAAAUCUCCAUGGAAGAAAAGUUGAUAUUUUUUUGAGUUUCAAGCGGAGAAAAGGGAGCUUCGACCAUGGGUUCUGUUGUAACCUUCUGCUUCUCCUUCUUGAUGGCAAGUUUUCUUGUACGGACCUCUAUUGCGGAGCUUCCCGAUGAAUCCGCCAUGGCUGCGCUGAAGAAGGGGCUUGAAGGUGUGGAAUGGGGUUUUCAGGGUUCCGACUACUGUUCAUGGCAUGGGGUCACAUGCAACCCUUCAAAUCUUUCAGUGGAAGCGCUUGACCUUCCUCGUCAUGGCCUUAAAGGUAACAUUUCAAGCAUUUCUGAGCUAAAAUCUAUCAAAAGAUUGGAUCUUUCUGGCAAUCUUUUUCAUGGUUUCAUACCUCCCUCACUCGGAAUCCUCUCCGAGCUCCAGCUCCUGGAUUUGUCUGCAAACAAGUUUGCAGGCUUGAUUCCUUCAUCUAUGGGCGGUCUCCGGAGCCUAAAAUCAUUGAACUUAUCUAAUAAUUUACUCAUUGGCGGAAUACCAGAUGAGUUGAAGAAUCUAAAGAUGUUGCAGGAGCUUCAAAUAUCCGGAAAUAAUCUCAAUGGCUCCAUUCCUGAGUGGAUUGGGGAGCUAUCUGAUUUAAAAAUCUUAUCUUUAUAUGAAAAUCACCUGUUUGGUAAAAUUCCUGAGAAUCUAGGCUCUGUUUCUCAGUUAGAACUGCUUAAUCUUCACUCCAAUCAGCUCGAAGGCGUUAUCCCUGAGAGCAUUUUCUCCUCAGGAAAGCUUCAAGUUCUUGUUCUCACCCUGAACAAAUUAACAGGAACCAUUCCUGAAUCAGUUGGUAAAUGCAGGAGUCUAUCUAGUCUUAGAAUUGGCAAUAAUAGACUGGUUGGAAGUGUUCCUUCAUCAAUUGGCAACAUUAGUAGCCUUACUUAUUUCGAAGCAGAUAACAACCAUCUCUCCGGCGAGCUGCCGGCGGAGUUCGCUCGGUGCUCCAACCUCACUCUAUUGAACUUGGCCUCAAAUGGUUUGACCGGAGUUGUGCCGACAGAGCUUGGUGAUCUGAAAAACCUUCAGGAGUUCAUAGUUUCAGAUAACAGACUCACUGACGAAGUCCCCAAAUCAUUGUUGAAGUGCAGGAAUCUUAACAAGCUUGAUCUAAGCAACAACAGAUUCAAUGGCAGUUUACCAGAGAACAUUUGCAGUACGUCAAGGCUACAGUUUCUUAUUCUCAGUCAGAAUUCUAUUGCUGGAGAGAUCCCUCCUGUGAUCGGAAAUUGCGUUAGACUCCUCGAAUUACAGCUGGGUGGCAAUUAUUUGACCGGCGAAAUCCCGCCGGAGAUCGGAAGGAUAAAAAACUUGCAGAUAGCUCUAAAUCUCAGCUUCAAUCGACUUCAUGGUAGUCUGCCACACGAGCUCGGAAAGCUAGAUAAGCUUGUCUCAUUGGAUGUGUCAAACAAUCAACUUUCUGGCUCCAUUCCUUCUGAAUUCAAAGGCAUGUUGAGUCUAAUUGAGGUCAACUUCUCUAAUAACCAGUUAACCGGUCCGGUGCCGAUCUUCACUCCGUUUCAGAAGAGUCCUCCUUCGAGCUUCGCCGGAAACAAGAAUCUCUGUGGUGAUCCCUUGAGCACCAGCUGCACUUCCUUCGCAGAUUCUCAAAUUCAGAAUAAUCACCACAAAUCUUCAUACAAAAUGGCUCUUGCUGUAAUCGGUUCCGGUCUGGCUGUCUUCAUCACAGUCUCAGUGGUUGUCAUCCUCUUCACCAUUAGAGAAAGACAGGAAAUGAAAGCCAAAUCUGCAGACAUUGCUGCUGGUGAAAUUCCUGUCGCUUCUCCAUUAAUAAUAACAGGAAACGUAUUCAUUGACAGCCUCAAACAAGCUGUGGAUUUUGAUUGUGUCGUGAAGGCGACCAUGAAGGACUCAAACAAGCUCAGUAAUGGAACUUUCAGCACUGCUUAUAAGGCAAUAAUGCCUUCAGGUCUUGUUCUUUCUGUCAGAAAACUCAAAUCUGUAGAUAGAACAGUGUUACAUCAUCAAAACAAGAUGAUAAGGGAGUUAGAGAGGUUUGGGAAUCUCAUUCAUCCUAAUCUAAUGAGACCUCUAGGUUAUGUGAUCUAUGAGGAUGUAGCUCUUCUUCUUCACCCCCACAUACUUAACGGGACAUUGGCAUACUAUCUUCACGAAUCUCCCAAGGAGGAAUAUGAGCCGGAUUGGCCUCAACGGCUCUCGAUCGCCAUUAGUCUCGCAGAAGGUUUGGCAUUUCUCCAUCAUGUCGCCAUUAUUCAUUUGGAUAUCUCGUCUUGCAACGUCUUUCUCGAUGCGAAUUGUAAUGCUUUGCUCGGGGAGAUUGAGAUUUCAAGGCUCUUGGAUCCGUUGAAAGGGACGGCGAGUAUUAGUGCUGUGGCUGGCUCUUUUGGGUAUAUUCCUCCAGAAUAUGCUUAUACAAUGCAAGUUACAGCUCCCGGUAACGUCUACAGCUUCGGCGUUGUUCUUCUUGAAAUCUUAACGACUCGGCUACCCGUCGAUGAGGUAUUCGGCGAAGGUGUGGAUCUCGUGAAAUGGGUUCAUGGCGCAUCGGGGAGAGGCGAAACUCCGGAGCAGAUAAUGGAUGCGAGGCUGAGCACCGUCUCCUUCACGUGGAGGAAGCAAAUGCUUGCGGCGCUGAAGGUCGCCAUGCUGUGCACCGACACGUUUCCGUCGAAGCGGCCAAAGAUGAAGAAGGUGGUGGAGAUGCUUAUGGGGGUGAAGCAAAGUUAGAGUUUUUGAUUUUAUUAGAUUUUUCAUUCAACUUUUCAAUCGGAGUGAGUGGGUUUCAAGGUGAGUUCUUGUGGUUCAAAAUCUUUACUUCUAUAUAAAUUGUGAUGUAAUUUUGCUGUGAUGUGAGAGCUCAUUUAGGUGUUUGGCUUGUUGUAUGA